UGUCACUUCCGGGACUUCUAUCUUUCCGUCGUUGCUUUUGUGCCCCUGAGGUAGCGUUCGCUUCUGUCCCGUCAGAUUGUGGUGUAUAUAAACAUUUACACUUUGUACACUUAAACCUUUUGCUCGUCUGCUCGGCUUUUCUCCGCAGAGUGUCAGAGCUUCAACCUCUCAUUGCAUCACCGGUGAGUGAGCUCCGGCUAAGAAAAUAAUGUCCCGUGGUUAAAGAUGGGUGGCAGCGGCUCCAAAGCUAAAAGUUACUGGCCCUUUUCCGGCUCCGGUGGCAGCGAUGAAGCGGCCAAAGAAGCUGGAGACCAAGCGCUGGCCAGAAUGCGCAACUUCCGAAAUGGUACACCCUUAGUGUUUACCAGGAGGAGCUCUAUGUACUUUGAUGAGGAUGGAGACUUGGCUCAUGAGUUCUAUGAGGAGACGGUGGUGACAAAGAACGGACGCAAAAGAGCCAAGCUCAAGAGGAUCCAUAAGAACCUCAUACCUCAGGGAAUUAUAAAGCUGGAUCAUCCCUGCCUCCAUGUAGAUUUUCCCAUUGUUAUAUGUGAGAUUUGAUGAAGGAUGAACUUGGAACACACAUACACGUGUGUGUGUGCGCGUGCGUGUGUGUGUGCGCAUGAACUGUGAUCACUGACGUGGGCUGAUGCAUUAGUACUCCUUUAUCCUGUUUUUUAUGUUUAUUGAUGUUUUAGAACUCGCACUUGUACCAUUGCGCUGCUCUAGAAUCUUGAGCCAUGGUUCUAGACUCACUAUAAAUGUCCUUUUAGAGCCUUUCACUCUAGAACAGAACACUAUCUGUGAGGCAGCGGAACCCAAGCAGCUGCAUCUCUGAAACAGUUCUGACUGACUGUUUCGUCUCGAUCUCGUCGCGCUCGUCAUCCUGGUCGUCCCGACAGCCAAUACGGAGAUGCUCAGUCACCUCGCACCCUGCUCCGAUUGGCUGUUUUUUUGUUUUUGUUUGUUUGUUUUUUUCCUGUGAUUUGAUUGGGUAGCUGUACAGAACGCUCACUGUGACCACGCCCACGCUGUCUUCACUUCUGUAGCGAGGAUUAUGUCACUGUUAAUUUAUUACAAUCAGUACGUUUGGAUUGCUUUCUGUGUUUUUUAAGAAAUAACACCAGUAAAUUCACAA